GUCGACAUCAAUGUACACUAAGAUCAUGGAGUUUACUACAGAAAACACGUCUAUCUAUGGUGAUGACAACGAUGUCAAAUGGGUGUUUCGUCCAAUUGAGUGGAACUGGCAAACGAUAAUCCGAACGAUUCUUGCUAUCCUUGGGACUCUCGGAAAUACUCUCGUUAUCUUCGUCUACAUGAAUCGGAAGCGAAUGAACAGUUGCACCAAUACGUUCAUCGUUGGACUAGCUUUUGCGGAUCUAAUCACGUCUUUUCAUCAGUUCCCGAGACCGAAGGAAGUGUCUGUGCCUUCAGGUUUCCUUGGAGAACUCUACUGCAGGAUACUAUUCGUGGGAUCCAAUGUCACCAUGUGGAUAUCAAUCAUCGCGUCCGUAUUCACACUUACCAUGAUCGCUUGUGAACGGUACGUGGCAGUUGUGUACGCGGUUCAUUACCGCACCAUAUUUUCGAAGAAGCGUCCUCGUUAUGUUCUCCUCGGCUGCUGGGCUGCAUCGAUAACACUGAACACUCAAAGUUUCUACAUCAAUUUUCUAAACAAGGACAGUCACACUUGCUAUGUGAAAUACCCAAGCCUCCAUUUUCAGAAGUUUAUCGGAGUGACUUUCUUCCUCAUUGAGUAUUUCCUUCCCAUGGUUAUCAUGUUGUUUACGCAAACGCGCACGGUCAUGUCCCUGCGCGCGCAGGCUCGUUCGUUGACGUCGGAUCGCAAAGAGAGCAACGGGCCUGCGCUGUCGCUUCUGCAAGCAAGACGUCGGGUCAUCGAAAUGCUCUUCAUGGUCGUCAUCACGUUCAUCAUCUGUUGGUCACCUGACCAGAUAGCCUACUUCUGCUACAUGAUGAAUAUACUCGACGCGUCUUUUCUCACAGGCUCUCUCUACACUACCUUUUUGGUAUUGGCCUUUGCCAAUUGCUGCAUGAAUCCGUUCAUUUAUGCCUGCAGAAAUGCGAACUUCCGGCGGGCCCUGCGAGAGCUGUUCACCAAAGGAAAGAAAAACAAGGUUCACAGUAUUAACACCAUUGCAGGAGGACAGGAGGAAACGAUGGCCGAUACCCUGGCGAAACAAGGAGGACAGAUGGGCUGAAAAUGAUGCCUUUGAAAAUAACAGUGAAAGAAUUUAUUUUUGACCAUGUGCAUGUGUACUAAAAGGCUG